CCCCCGCCGCCCUGGUCCUCCCCGCUGCGCGCCCGCCUUCCUCCGCCUCCCUCCCAGCGCUCCCAGGCUCCGGCCGCGCGCUGGCGGGGCUCCGCAUUGCACACUCUGGGGGCGCCGCAGUGUUCGUGGGAUGGGGCAGCGGGCAGCCGCUGGCGGCCGGAAUCCGCGUGCAGCCCGGGUGCGUGUCCCCACUCCCGGGCCUUCUGCAUGAAUGACACUUGGGUCUGCCAUGGAACCUGGCCCCGCCCUGGCCUGGCUCCUGCUCCUGAGCCUGCUGGCCGACUGCCUGAAAGCUGCUCAGUCUCGAGACUUCACGGUCAAAGACAUCAUCUACCUCCAUCCUUCAACCACACCAUAUCCUGGAGGAUUUAAAUGUUUCACCUGUGAAAAGGCAGCCGACAAUUAUGAAUGCAACCGAUGGGCGCCGGACAUCUAUUGCCCUCGAGAGACCCGAUACUGCUACACUCAGCACACGAUGGAAGUCACGGGGAACAGUGUGUCUGUCACCAAGCGCUGCGUGUCGCUGGAAGAGUGCUUGUCCACUGGCUGCAGAGACUCCGAGCAUGAAGGCCACAAGGUCUGCACUUCCUGUUGUGAAGGAAAUAUCUGUAACUUGCCGCUCCCCCGCAAUGAAACUGAUGCUACAUUUGCCACCACCUCACCUAUAAAUCAGACAAAUGGGCACCCACACUGUGUGUCCAUGAUUGUGUCCUGCUUGUGGGUAUGGCUAGGACUCACUUUAUAGCAGCUGUGUGGCACCAUUCAUGUUUAGUUGCAAUCCCUGAGGAUCUUGUUGAUCCACACUCAUGCUCCAAUGCUGUCCAUGACAGGAGUUACCCAUGGGAGACCACAGCAUUCCCAGGUAUCAUUGGCACUUCCCAUGAGGAACAAGCAUUACUUCAGUAGGAUCAUUUUGAGUCUAACCUAGACCUUGUUAGAAUCAGUCUGCCCCCAGUUUGGAUGCUGAGUCCCACAUCACAAAUUCUUUGUUUUCCCUCC